UAUUUUAUUUUUGGUAACUUUGUGUGGUAUUUUCUGAGGUAGAUAGCGGAUUAGGGUUUUCAUUAUUUGUUUUCUUCAUAGAAUAUAUUCGAAUAAGGUUCAGUAACAUAUGGCCUGGGGAUUUUAUUUUGACAUAAUUGGGCUGUCCUUGUUUUUAAUUUUUCUGCAAAUUUAGAGGGAAACCAUUGGACAUUUACAUUUAUCUAUUAUUUUUGAAGCAGUGGUCUAAAUUUAUUGAAAGGAUGAAUUCGUUGAUGCAAAUUACCUCUAUUUUCUUCUAAACUUUAAUUUUCCUAAUGUGACGCAUAGGUUAGCUUUCAUUUUCUUAGUUUUCCGACAAAUUUACAGGGAAAAGAGAACAAUAAAAUAUUGUUUUGGUGAGCGACCAGAAAGGGUGGGAUUUGAUUCCAAAUAGAUCAUAAAAGGAAGAAGAGGAUUUAUCAGUCUCAGAUGAUUAUGGUAACUCAGAAAGAGACUGCCAUUUAAAAAUAGACAGUGAGAAAGUACAUUUUGUUGAAUCCCAUCAACCGUCACUGAGACUGGGAGAGAGAUGACAGUGGAAGAACGAAUUGUGGUGGCUAAUGGAGGAGGAGACAACAAAAUCUUCAACAACAAUAGUGAUGCAUCUACUACUACUGAGAAUGGAGGAGGAGUCACCAUGAACAGUUACAAUAAGAAAUCUCUGAAGGAGGCGGAUCGACGGAGGAGGAGGAGGAAGCAAAAGAAAAACAAGACUCAUAAUAACAACAAUGCUGAUACGGCUUCUACAAGUGAUGCUGAUGAUGAUGAUAAUGCUCACGGCGAUGGAAAGCCAACUGUCCAUCAUCAUGAGGGUCAGGAGCGAGUUGAAGUGGAGUAUGUUCCAGAAAAGACAGUGUUGGAUGAAGAUCUCUUGGAUGAUUUUAAAAAAGUCUUUGAGAAGUUUUGCUUUGGGGAUGCUGGGCUUGGUGACAAGGAUGACGAUAAGAAGGAUGAAGCAGGUCUAGAUGCAGCAGCAGCAGCAAAGAAGCAAGCCGACUCUGACUCCGAUGAGGAUGAGCAAGAUGGCCAACAGAAAGAAAAAGGCGUCUCGAACAAAAAGAAAAAGCUGCAAAGGAGGAUGAAGAUUGCGGAACUGAAACAAAUAUGCUCAAGGCCUGAUGUGGUUGAGGUUUGGGAUGCAACUGCAGCAGAUCCCAAGUUGCUUGUAUUCCUCAAAUCAUACCGAAAUACAGUACCUGUUCCAAGACAUUGGUGCCAGAAACGAAAAUUCCUACAGGGAAAACGUGGCAUUGAAAAACAGCCUUUUCAACUUCCAGAUUUUAUUGCGGCAACUGGUAUUGAGAAAAUAAGACAGGCAUAUAUCGAAAAGGAGGAUGGUAAGAAGUUGAAACAAAAGCAAAGAGAACGUAUGCAGCCAAAGAUGGGAAAGAUGGAUAUUGAUUAUCAGGUCCUCCAUGAUGCGUUCUUUAAAUAUCAAACAAAACCAAAAUUGACUACUCAUGGUGAUCUUUAUCAUGAAGGGAAGGAAUUUGAGGUCAAGCUCAGGGAGAUGAAACCAGGCAUUCUCUCUCAAGAGCUAAAAGAAGCUCUUGGUAUGCCUGAAGGUGCACCACCUCCUUGGCUCAUCAAUAUGCAGAGAUAUGGUCCUCCGCCAUCUUACCCGCAUCUGAAAAUUCCUGGCUUGAAUGCUCCUAUUCCACCAGGAGCUAGCUUUGGUUAUCAUCCUGGAGGCUGGGGCAAGCCUCCUGUUGAUGAAUUUGGACGCCCACUAUAUGGAGAUGUUUUUGGUGUCCAACAUCAAGAACAGCCUAAUUAUGAGGAGGAACCUGUUGAUAGGAGUAAGCAUUGGGGUGACUUGGAGGAAGAGGAGGAGGAAGAAGAAGAGGAGGAGGAACAGAUGGAAGAAGAAGAAUUGGAGGCUGGUAUUCAAUCAGUUGACAGCCUCUCCAGUACGCCAACUGGUGUGGAGACACCUGAUGUCAUCGAUCUUCGAAAGCAACAGAGGAAAGAGCCAGAGAAGCCUCUUUAUCAAGUACUCGAAGAGAAGGAAGAAAGGAUUGCACCAGGAACCUUACUCGGAACAACGCACACGUAUGUGCUUGGGGCAACAGACAAAACUGGUGCUAAGAGGGUUGAGCUACUGCGAGGGCAAAAGUCGGACAAAGUGGAUGUCACUCUUAGGCCAGAGGAAUUGGAGGCUUUGGAUGAUGUUACUCUGGCAGCAAAGUACGAGGAAGCAAGGGAAGAGGAGAAGCUGCGGAAUCAACGAGAGGACUUCAGUGACAUGGUAGCAGAGGCCGAGAAAAAGAGGAAGCGCAAGAUGCAGGAAAAGGAAGGGAAAGCAAAGAAGAAGGAUUUCAAGUUUUAGGCACAUAGGUAUACAGCAAUUUUGCAAAGCUUGAAUGCCCCCCCACCCCUUGGAUAGAUUCUGUUUGGCCAGUAUAUAGAAAUUGGAAGGAUCAGGUAUUAUUAACAUAUAUAAUGUGGAGUUCUUUGGUCCAUUUUCGGUCCAUCUUGGAGCGUUUAGUGAAUGGACAGGGCAGCUAGCUGUACUAUUGAUGUAAUUAAGGAUUGUUGUUUAAAGGGAAUUAGUUAGUGAAUCCAUUCAGCGGUUAUCAAGGAAUCUAAACUGUGCUUGGAUGAGCUCGACGGAAAGUUGCAAGUGAUUUUGUCUUAUGUUUUCCUUUAGGCAAGUCGAGAUGGCUAGUAGGGCCAUCACCUAUAAAGCAUGAAAUUUUUGAUGUUCA